AUGUCAUAUGGAUGUGGAAGUGUUGGUUUACCUAUUAUUAGAAGAGCUUUAAUUUUUUUUCUAGCAGCAGAAACUGCUUAUGUAUCUUAUGAGUUAAUAUUAAAACCAGGAAUUCCACAUAUUUAUAAUUGUUUAACUAAUAAGACUAAAAAGGAUCAUUAA